AUGUCGACUGAUAAGAUCACUUUCCUCACCAACUGGCACGCUACGCCUUAUCAUGCGCCGCUGUACCUAGCCCAGGCCAAGGGAUACUUUAAGGAGGAGGGAAUCAAGGUUGCUCUUCUUGAGCCCAACGAUCCUAGUGAUGUCACUGAGAUCAUUGGUACUGGCAAGGUCGACCUUGGCUUCAAGGCCAUGAUUCACACUCUGGCUGCCAAGGCUCGAAACUUCCCCGUCCAGUCCAUCGGUAGUCUUCUCGACGAGCCAUUCACUGGCGUCGUCUACCUCAAGGACUCUGGCAUCACCACCGACUUCCGCACCCUCAAGGGCAAGCGCAUCGGCUAUGUUGGUGAAUUUGGUAAGAUCCAGAUUGACGAGCUUACCUCGCACUACGGCAUGACUCCUGAUGACUAUACUGCCGUGCGCUGUGGUAUGAAUGUCUCCAAGGCCAUCAUCAAGGGCGAGAUCGAUGCCGGUAUUGGUCUGGAGAACGUCCAGAUGGUUGAGCUCGAGGAGUGGCUCUCUGCCCAGGGCCGUCCCAAGGAUGAUGUUCAGAUGCUUCGCAUCGAUGAGCUCGCAGAGCUUGGCUGCUGCUGCUUCUGCACCAUCCUCUACAUCGGUAACGAGAAAUUCCUCGCCGAGAACCCCGAGAAGGUCCGCUCAUUCCUUCGUGCCGUGAAGAAGGCCACCGACUUUGUCCUCGCCGAGCCCGAGAAGGCCUGGGCUGAGUACGUCGACUUCAAGCCCGUCAUGGGCACCGCGCUCAACCGCAAGAUCUUUGAGCGCAGCUUUGCCUACUUCAGCAAGGACCUCAAGAACGUCAAGCGUGAUUGGGAGAAGGUCACCAAGUACGGCAAGCGUCUUGGUGUUCUGGACGAGAGCUUUGAGCCCAACUACACCAACUCGUACCUCGAGUGGACUCUUUCUGGAGAGUCUAGUGACCCUACUGGGGACCAGAAGCGUAUUGCUCAGCUUCAGAAGGACGUUGCUGCUUCUGGUGGCUUCCACCGUCUUCAGGCUGAGGUCAAGGCUUAAAUGAAGCUCGGGAUGAUACGAAGGAACAUGGUUUGACCUAGUACAGAUACAUAUCUGAUACACUCUCUUAUGGUCUGGAGGAAGCUACAAGGUCACUCGUUUAGCAGGCUCUGCCACACCAAUAUCAAGUAAACUUACUCUCGUAUUUUUAGUCCAUUUACGCGAAGUCUGUUAUCCCGUGACGAUGCUGGCCUUGGACUGGAAUGUUGACUGCCACGUUGAUGAACCGUUUCCGGCCAAACGGCUGGGCGGCUGGAUUAGCCGUUUCCUAAAAUA